AUGAAUGAUUUUGCUGUGAGGAAGAAUAAGAUUCAACGGAAUGUGAAGAAUGAGGUUACACAACAAGAAUUUGUAUGUUUUCGGCAAGGCUCAAGAGAUAUAAGAUUUGUUAACGACGGAUUGCGACAGAACCGUGAGCCGAAGGCGGAGACUAGAUGCGGUUGUGAGGCAGAGAUGCGAGUUCACGAAAAUGGAUGUAGUCAUUGUGAAACAAAUGAACAUGAUGCUGAAAGUUGGGAUUAUUCGUCUUUUGUGCACACUGGUGAGGGAUUCCAAAAUGUUCCCUUUCUAAAGAGGGAUAUGUAUAACCAGAUAGGCAAGCAACGGAGGCUCAUAGGUGGGGAUGCGAUGUCUUGCCUUAAGUUCUUGGAAUCCACAGCGCAAGAGAAUCCAGGAAUUCAGCUGGAUUAUCGUUUGUUUGGGGAUGUCGUACCAUUUGAUGUGACAUAUCGGAAGAAUAAGUACGUGUGUCCACUGGUUGUGUUCUUUGGAGUCAAUCACCAUAACAAAACCAAUGUGUUUGCUGCUAUGCUAGUUGCAAAUGAGAAUGAGCAUACUUACACCUAG